CUCUGAUAGAAUGACAUUUUUCAGAGGAUUCUGACUGUACAAUAAGAUCUGUCUCAGCGAUUAUAAUGGUGAAACUUUCAGCCAAGUGCAUUGUAGCAGGUGACACAACUGUGGGGAAAAGUACCCUGGUCCAACUCUUCCGGAGUGAUGGGAGCCAUUUCCCAAAGAAUUACAGUAUGACCACUAGCAUGGAGGUUUCUGUAAAAAACGUUCAGAUACCAGAUACUGGAGAUAGUGUGGAGCUCUUCCUCUGCGACAGUCCUGGCAAAGCAAUCUUUUAUGAGGUGACGGAGAAGCUGUGGGACCAGCCGGGUGCCCUGUGCUUGGUGUUUGAUGUCACCAAUGAGAGCUCAUUCAGUAGCUGCGCAAAGUGGUUGCAGAGAGUUAGAGCGAAGACAUUCAGCCCUCAGCUCCCAGGUGUUCUUGUUGGGAACAAGACAGACAUGGCAGGCCGCAGAGCAGUGGAAAGGGGGCAGGCAGAAGAGUGGGCAGCAAGCAAUGGACUGGAGUAUUUUGAGACGUCUGCGAAAGAACUGGAAAACUUUGAGCAGCCAUUUCAAGCACUGGCAAAAGCUUUUCAUCACCUGUACCAGGAAAGAGUGGAAAACUUCCGGAGCCUGAUGUAGGGUCAUUACUUUCAUCUGCAGUCACUGCACCUCUGGUACAUCUGAUGGGACAAAUCAUAGCUCUUGUGUAUUUGGAUGUUCUGCACCUUUGAAACUUUAAUGGACAGUGUCAGAACCAGAGCAGAGAGAGAUGAAGUCUAGAACCUAUGACUGUCUUGCUGAUAUUCAGCUGCAAAUUCCAGCACUCAGAAGGCUGUAAGUGGGAUGCUGGAGACUGUAGUCAACAACAGAUGAAGGGGCCACAAGUUCUGAAUAUCAAACAAUUCAUAAAGAAUGCAUCAUUAGUAAUGAUUUUUUUAUCUGUCUGGCUAAGGAAGGUUCAGGGCCCAGGGAACUGCCCUCUCUCAACGUUCUUUAUCUCAAUCAAUGCAUAUUGAAAUGAUUUCAUUACUAUAGGACCACAAUAUAGUUACAUAGUUAAGCUGGGUUGAAAAAAGACCAUCAAGUUUAACCCUUCCAAGCAAACCCCAGCACACAAACCCAUACUGACCUAUCUAUACACUCACAUACAGACCCAUACUGACCUAUAUAUCCACUCACAUACAGACCCAUACUGACCUAUCUAUACACUCACAUACAGACCCAUACUGACCUAUCUAUACACUCACAUACAGACCCAUACUGACCUGUCUAUGCACUCACAUACAGACCCAUACUGACCUGUCUAUGCACUCACAUACAGACCCAUACUGACCUGUCUAUGCACUCACAUACAGACCCAUACUGACCUAUCUAUGCACUCACAUACAGACCCAUACUGACCUAUCUAUACACUCACAUACAUAAACCAUAUAUACCAACAUCAAUACUAACUGUAUAUUUCAGUAUUACAAUAGCGUUGGACAUUAUGCUUAUUCAAGAAAUCAUCCAAGCCCCUCUUAAGGGGAUUAUCAGAAUCUGCCAUUAAGAGUGGCAUUAAGAUAUAGCAGCUGUGAGCCCAUAUACUGGUAGUGAGUGGCAAAGGUGUAUAUUCGAAUAUGCUGUAGUGAAACUGUACUGAGCACAGUUUUGGGGCCAUUAUUAGGCAAAUAGUACUGUAUUGAUUAAAUUUUGUAUCUCUUUCAAGAAAUGUCAUAUGAAUUUAAGAACUGGGGAGAAAUGAUGCUGUUUAAGCAUGGGGAUGCUGUUCCUUAUUUCCGUAAGGUUAUUGCAUUCUAAAUCCCUAAACAGAGAAGCUGGAAAGUGAUUCUCACCCAUCAGUUGCGCUGGCAUUUCUGAAUGCUUCCUUCCUGCGAGCUGAGCACCUCCCACAUUUAGUGACCAGAAGAUAGCCCCACCCCCUGUCCAACACACCACACAGAGAGAGGAAAGCAAGGUUCAAAGAGUCUGUUCUAUGUCUGCGUGAAGCCAAACAAACCAGUGUAAAAACAGACAUUAAAGAUAGUUUUAUGUUAA